AUGGCUGAUGAAAAUAGAGACUUUAUUAAAUCUUUUGAGAGUUCUUUACAAUUACAAAAUAAAAAAAAGGUAAUACCAUUGUAUCAGGAGAAUAAAACAUGUAAAUCAAACAUCAUAAAAUUGAGUGCGAAGGAAGUGAUUUUAAAUGUUUCUCAACAAAUGAAAGCCAUACAAAUCGCGGACAGCAUUAGAAAAGUGUGUAAUAAAAGUGAAUUAAAUAUGUAUAAGAAAAACGAUUUUGUACCUCUUCAUACAUUAACAACAGAUGAACAACCAAAACAAACUCAAUAUAACAAAUUUGAUACCCAGUGUGUUUCUGACACACAAUUAAUUAAUAUUGUUGAACAUGCUGAGGCAUUAAUGGAUGUCCCAAAAGAUAUAGGCCUAGAAUUUGAUACUGUCUUCUGUGAUCAAAAUAUAGCUUUAGAAAGACGUAGUCAAGUAACAACUGACAAAUGUCCCAACAUCGAUAAAAGUAAUUUAAAGUUGUUUAACAAUAAUUGUUUAAAUAACAAUGAAAUUGCUAAUAUUAAUGAAGGAGAAAGUGAUCAACAAAAUUUUUUUGCUGAGAUAUUCCAAUAUGAAAGUUGUACACUCAAAGAAUUAGCAAGAGCUCAUAGUAAAGAUAUAGAUCUUGAUCUACAAGAAUUCACAGAAGAUCGAAAAAGUCCAAUACUAAAUAAUGUACAUUCACCAAUUGUUAAGUCUAAAUCAUCAUCCCCACUUGUAUUUGGUCUUGAGACAUUUGAAAAAUUUGAAACAAUAGCAAUGCCAGUAAUAGAAGAAAAUCACGAUAUUGAAACUGCAAAAAAAAUAAUUAAUUCACAGAUAAUAUCUAAAGAAUUAUAUACACAAAGUCAUGUUGAACCAGUUUUGUGUGACAGAGACAAAUCUUUAAGUCCUAUUUUAAAAAUAAAAAAGAAGAAUGUAGAAAAUGUCAAAAAUGACACUAUAACUAAAGUACAAAAUGGCAUACUUACUGUAGAGGAUAAUGUUUUAUUCAGUAGCGAUGAAGAAGAUGAUAUCAAUAAGAAUAAAGAAUUGCCAUUAACUUGUGCUUUAGAAACAUCAUUUUACAAUGAACAAGAUCUUGAUAAAACAAUGUAUGUUGGUUUCCAAACAGCAAGCAAUAAAUCUAUACAAAUAUGUUCAGAGUCUUAUAAUAAAGCAAGGUCUAUAUUAGAUGAUAGUAUUAAUGAUAUCCCGCUUAUAAAACUUGUUGAAGUUAUUGACAACAGUUACAAUAAUAUUGAAGAAGAAAAAAGUUUGAACCAAAGGAAUAAGAAUGAAAAUUUGAUACUUAAUACCAUUGACCUUAAAAAAGUUCAUACAAAUAGUUUAGAUAUAACUCAAAAAGAUUUUGUAAAUAGUAAAAUAGUGUCAAACAAUUCCAAUUUUAAUAAGGAUAACAAACAACAUGAAUCAGGGUUUGAAGAUGUUGUUAUAACAUUAAGUAAUAAUAAAACUAGAUUAUCCCAAACUUUAUGUGUUAAAGAUGACAAAAAUGUUAAAGAUGAGAGUAUUAUUUUAUGCCAAAAACAUGUUUAUAAUAAAUCAGAUGAUGUUAGAUUUAAUACUGAAUGUACUAAAGAACAAAUAUGUCCUACAGAGCAGUUAAAUAUUGAUGAUCAAAUUUUAAAGGAAUUUGAAACCAAUUUUGUAGUUGAAAGCAAUUAUAAUAAUAAUGAAAUAGGAAUGGUUAUAAAAAGUACAUCAGAUAUAGAAAAUGUAAACAAAGAUUAUUCUUCUGACCGUACAGUAGCAUGUAAUGUAAAAUAUGAAGGCUUUAAAACUGCAAAUAACAAAGAAAUUAAACUAUCUGCACAUGGCUUAGCGAAAAUAAAAAAUAUUUUUGAAGAUAUUGAUUUGACAGAUAUUCAAUUUGAUAUGGACUUAGAUAAUUGCAAAAAAAACUUUAUAAAUUAUAAUAUUAAUGAACCUUCUACAAGUAAAGGCUGUAUGGGUUUUGAAAUAGCUACUAAUAAACAAAUUGAUGUUUCAGGUAUAUCUUUAAAAAAACCUGUAAAUCACGAUAUUAAAAAGUUAAAUGUUUUAGACAAAUUUAAUAAUAAAGCAAAAAAUAUAAAUAUUAACUGGACAAAUAUUAAACCAGUUUUAAAUAAAACAUAUCCAAAACUUAUUAGAGAGGAUAGUGACCUUUAUACUGACUUAAUAUAUAAUAAAAAUAAUAACAAAGGAGAAAAAGAUAUUAAUGUAUGUAAUGAAACAUCAGAUUUGGAUGGUAAUAAUGAAAUACCAACCUUCAUAGGAUUUCAAACUGCAAGUAAUAAACCUGUCAUGAUAUCUAAUAAAGCUUUAGCUAAAUCAAAGAUACUGUUUCAAGAUAUUGAAAAAGACACCAUACUAGAUUGCAAAAGUGAUUUAAGUGAUAAAUUCAAAGGUUUUCAAACUGCUAGUAAUAAAUUGAUACCAAUUUCAAAGAACGCUUUAGUAAAAUCCAAAAAAAUACUAGAUAGUGUUGAUAAAAUAUGUGACAUGGAUAUACUUUAUCCAACAGAAAAUAUUGAGAAUUGUAAGCAAAGUGAAGAAGAUAUUGUAGGUUUAAAUGAGACAAGUAAUACAGAAACUACUACAGAAAUUUCGGAAAAAGCUGUAGCUGUAACUAAAGAUGUUUUCCAAAACAUGAAUGUAAAAGAUAAUAAAUCUGGCAAUACAAUAAGACAAACAUCGAACUCAAAUACUGUUAGUCACUUUAAAACUACCAGCAAUGAAUCUGUUACUAUUUCUAAUGAAGCUUUAAUUCAAAAUAGGAAUAUAAUUGAAGAUAAAGAAAAUAAAAAUGUCAGUUUUGAAGAAAAUAAACCUUAUACCAAAAAUAAUAUGGCUCAAUUUCAAGGUUUAAAAACUGCUAGUAAUAAAUCUGUUAAAAUAUCUGAUAAUUCUUUACGUAAAAGUAGACAGAUUUUUCAAGAUAUGGAUAUAACAGAUUCAAAUUAUAAUAAUAUACCUGAAAAUAAAAGCAUGUCUAAACCUAGUUUUCAAGGAUUUCAAACUGCCAGCUCUAAGCCCGUACACAUUUCCAAAGCAGCUCUCGAUAAAACAAAGUAUAUUUUUAAAGAUAUUGAUGAAAGUAGCAAUACUAAAAUGAAUACCAAUACUUUUGUUGGUUUUAAAACAGCAAGUGAUAAAUUCGUUAAAAUAUCUGAAGAUGCUUUAAGUAAGAGUAGAAAAAUAUUUCAGGAUAUGGAUGUGGGUGAAAGUUUUGAUUGUAAUAUGGGAAAUAAACCCAAAGAAUUAUCAGCUUUUGAAGGAUUUAAAACAGCCAGUCUUAAGCCAGUAUCAAUUUCAGAAGAUGCUUUUGCUAAAACAAAAAGUAUAUUUAAAGAUCUUAAUGAAAGUAUUGAUAAAAUUAAUACCAAUCCUUCCAAAAAUAACGCUUUUGCUGGUUUCCAAACAGCUAGUAAUAAAAAAGUUAAAAUAUCAGAAGAAGCAUUAUUAAAAAGUAGAAAAGUUUUCGAAGAUAUGAAUUUUAAUAAUGAGCAAAAAGUGAAAAGUGACGAUUCUGUAUUUAAAGAACCAAUAAAUAAAAGUAGAAAGCUAUUAGCAGACAUAGACAAUAACAAAGUACCUGAUAACGCCAUUAACAACCGUGAAAAUCUGGAUUUAGAAGAUUUAAUCAAUACAGAAGUAAUUAAAGAUUUAGAGGAAACCUUGUAUACAGAAGAUUUUUAUAAAGAAGAAACCCCUAAAUGUAAACGAUCGGGCAGUCCGAUUUUAUCCUGUCCGAAAGCUAAAAAAAGAAAAAAAAAUGAAAUGCCAAAAACUGUCAGACAGAUUAAUUCAAGUGGCGAUACAGAUAAUACAAGAACUAAUAAUUUGUACACAUUUGAUGAAAAUUAUAAAAAAAAUAAAUGUCUUAAUUUGCAAAAUGUAAUUGAAAUUGAGAAAAUAAGUACUUCCGAAGUAGUAAUAGAUCCCUUUAUUUCCAAUUUUCGAUUUGACACCUUAUUCAAAUUUGAAUUUGCCGGGAAAAGAAAUGACAUUGACAAUGACACAUGGAACAUAGUCAAAAUAAAAAAGCUGUUUACAGAUUCUGUAAAUAAAAAAAUAAUUCCCGAAGGUUGGAUUGAUAACCAUAUAAAAUUAAUUAUAUGGAAAUUGUUAUCGUACGAAAUUUGUUUUCCUAAAACUAUGAAUAAUAUAUGUACAAUUAAAAAUGUGUUGCAUCAAUUAAAGUACAGAUACGACAGAGAGUUGUAUAAUGUAGAGAGACCUGCUCUAAGAAAGAUUUUGGAAAAGGAUGAAGUUUCUAUAAAAAAGAUAGUUUUAUGUGUUGUUGCGAUUUAUGUGGAAGGUGUUAAUGUCAGUAGUGUUGCCAAUCCAGCACAAAAUGCAGAGGUACUCUUAACAGACGGUUGGUAUACAAUAAAGGCGUGUACUGACAGAAUGAUAAACAAACUUAUAUGUGAUGGGAAAAUUACUAUAGGCACAAAAUUAUUAAUUCAUGGCGCGGAGUUAACAAAUUGUGACCAAGGAGUUUCACCUUGGGAGGAUACGUCGGCGGUCCGUCUUAAAAUAUUCGGCAAUUCCAUACGACGCGCCAAAUGGGACACUCGUCUCGGUUUCCAUGGAAACGGCGCCAUCUUAUCUCACCUGUCAUCUGUCAGACCGGAGGGCGGGAAAAUAUCGAGAUUAAAAGUUUUUGUUGCGAGAGUGUAUCCUACUUUGUAUGUUGAGAAAUUUGAAGAUGGUAGUACCGUCACCCGUUCAGAGCGUUUGGAAAAUCAGUACCAAAUGAAGUUCGAAAACGAAAGGCAAUUCCAGUUGGAGAAGUUGUAUGAAGAAGUUGAGAAAUAUUCUGACAAGGAAUCUCAGGAUUCAGAAGGUCUUGACAUUGAGAAAGAGAGCUUUGAGUCGGGAUCACAAAUAUGUAAGAUGAUGAAAAGAAGUAGAGAUCCCUCGGAGUUAAGAGCCGCCCUUACGGAAUCUCAAGUUCACUUAUUACAAGAACACGCGUCGAAAAAACGUGAAAAACUAAUAGAAAAUUUGCAAAAGAAAAUUCAAGAUUUGGUCAAAAAGCGUGGUCUGAAUGUGAAUAGGAACGUUGUUACAUUACUGAAACUUCGAGUUGCUGAUGUGAAAAAUGAAAAUAUAAUUAAAGCCAUGAUAACUAUAUGGAGGCCAAAUGAAUGUUUAAUCGAUUUAAUAAAAGAAGGCACGUGGAUUGAAAUGUAUAAUGUCGUACCUACAGCUGUGAGGUAUUCCGAAAUACAAAUAUCAGCUGGCAGACAGUCAAUUUUCAAAAUGUCGAAGAUAAAAGAAACUGAUAAAAUAAAAUCUCAAGUUCAAUCUCUGAAAAGAAAAUCGUACACUAUAAAAGACCUACAAACUCCAUUAACUACAGACUAUAACGAAAUAGACACGUGUGGUUUUAUUUUUUUAAUAGAACCAUUGAAUAAAGAUUACGAUAGUACGAAACAGUUGUUCCAAAAUGUAUAUCUAGCGGAUGAAAAUAAAAAUAUCAUUGCCAUAAAUUUUUGGGGUGGACUUAAAAAAUUUGGCUUCGAAAAUAUAUUAGACACGGGACAAAUAGUUUCGUGUGUUAAUUUACAAAAGCGACAUGGCAACACCAAGAAAUGUAUACCACAGUUUCGAGCAACAGAGUUUACAUAUUUUACAAAAACAUGUAAAAUUGAUCAUUUGAGAUUAAUGACAGAGGAGUUAUGUAAUAAAUAUUCAAGUUUAGAUAAAAGAAAAUAUAUUGAAGAUUGUGUUGCUAUUAAGAAUAAUUUUGCCAAUACGAAAUAUGGCAACACUGAAAAUAUUUCGCCAUACAGAUUAAAUAACAGUGAUUAUAAUUUAACUAAAAAUAAAGUUUUCAUCGAUUCUCCAACAGUUAAUAAGUGUACGGAUGAAAAUUUAAAUCUGACAGGCUUAGAUUUUGAAUCUACAUUCAGACUAACAGACACACAAGAGCUUUCGCCAAAGACUAUGCUGAGAAAAAAGAAAUUAAACGAGAAAAUAGCAAAACUAGAAAUGUAUGGGGAACCGCCGCCAUUAAAACCUAUACAUAUAAUUAAUAAAUCAAAUAUUAUACAUAAUUCAUACAAAAGCCCUUUAUGUAACAGUGUUGCUAGUGUCGUUCGAAAAAGUGUAAAUAGUGUUGCCAGUGUUGAAAAAAUAUCCGAGAAUAUUUCUAGUCCAUUACUAAAUAACAGGACGUUUGUGAAAAAUAUAAAUCCAGUGAAAUUAAAUUUUUCUCAUACCAUAGAAACGGAAGAUCCGUUUGCAGAAGAAUUUGAUUGUAGUCCCCCAUUGAGUUUAGAU